UAAUUUACUUCCUAGUCCAAACCUCACGGGGGAAGGGAGUAGGCAGGGUUUGAACCCGGGACCAUCAAUAAGUCUGUACGACAGUCCAGCGCGCAAACCACACGACCAGGCAGCCAUCCAGUUUAAUUUGUCAUUAAUUGUAUUAUUUAAGAGGGUAUAAAAAUGGAGGUAACUCCAGCAAAUUUAGAAGCCAUGUCAGGUUAUCUGCAACAAACUUUAUCUCCUGACCAAGAUAUAAGAAGAAAUGCUGAGAAAUUUUUGGAGUCAGUAGAGUGUAACCUGAACUAUCCCUUGCUACUUUUACAUUUGAUGGACAAGGAUCAAGUUGAAUCCCACAUCAGAGUCUCAUCUGCCAUUACAUUUAAAAAUUAUAUCAAGAGGAAUUGGAAAGUGGCUGAAGGUUGGCAAGACAAAAUACACAAGGAUGACAGAGAAGCAAUAAAACAAUACAUUGUUGGCCUCAUGUUGAAAAGUCCAGAACAGGUUCAGAAGCAGCUAAGUGAUGCUAUCAGCAUAAUAGGCAGAGAAGAUUUCCCUAAAAAAUGGCCUAAUCUUUUGUCAGAGAUGAUCAGUAAAUUUGAAACUGGAGAUUUCAAUGUUAUCAAUGGUGUUCUUCAGACAGCACAUUCAAUUUUCAAGAGGUAUCGACAUGAAUUCAAAUCCCAAGAACUUUGGGAAGAAAUCAAAUUUGUUUUGGACAAUUUCGCUACAGCUCUGACAGAGCUUUUUAAGGCAACAAUGAAUCUGGCCACUACCCAUGCUAAUGAUCCCAAGGCAUUGAAAGUAAUAUUUGGAAGCAUUUUACUCAUCUGUAAAAUUUUCUACAGCCUCAACUUUCAGGAUUUGCCAGAACAUUUUGAAGAUAAUAUGAAAGUCUGGAUGGAUUACUUCUUAGCUCUGCUGAGUGUUGAUAACAAAUUGUUACAAACCAGUGAUGAAUCAGAAGCUGGACUUUUAGAGCAGAUCAAAUCUCAGGUAUGUGACAAUGUAGCUCUGUACGCUCAGAAAUAUGAUGAGGAGUUUUCUCCCCAUUUGCCAGGAUUCGUUACUGCCAUCUGGAGUUUGUUGAUCAGUACAGGCCAAGGAGUUAAGUAUGACUUGCUUGUUAGUAAUGCUAUCCAGUUCCUGGCAUCUGUUGCUGAAAGGCCAGCAUAUAAAGCUUUAUUUGACAAUACUGACACACUAGCCAGCAUCUGUGAGAAAGUUGUUGUCCCCAAUAUGCAGCUUAGAGAUGCUGAUGAAGAACUGUUUGAGGAUAAUCCAGAGGAGUAUAUGAGGCGUGACAUAGAAGGCUCUGAUGUAGAUACAAGAAGACGGGCAGCCUGUGACCUUGUUCAAGCUCUGUGUAAAUCAUUUGAAGGACCAGUCAUUCAGAACUUUUCUCGCUAUGUCCAGGCUUUGCUUGAGAAUUACGGCAAAAAUCCCAAUGCCAACUGGAAAAGUAAAGACGCUGCCAUAUUUCUUGUAACUUCUCUAGCAGCUAAAGGUCAAACUCAAAAACAAGGUGUUACGCAGACCAGUGAGUUGGUAAACAUUACAGAAUUCUAUCAAGCACACAUUCUUCCUGAUCUCAAGUCUAAUAACAUGAAUGAGAUGCCCAUCUUGAAAGCUGAUAUUAUCAAAUAUCUCAUGGUUUUUAGAAAUCAGUUGCCUGCUGCUGUGAUUCAAGCGGCAGUCCCGGACCUUAUUCGUUUCCUCCAGGCUGAAUCUGUAGUUGUACACACCUAUGCAGCUCAUGCCCUGGAGCGGCUUUUUAUGGUUCGCAACAAUGGAGUCGCAGCGAUCACAAGUGAAAUGAUAGAGCCCAUGGCGGGAGAGUUGAUGACCAGUUUGUUCAGUGCUAUGGAGAAACCAGGAUCAACUGAGAAUGAAUACAUUAUGAAAGCCAUCAUGAGAACAAUGUCAUUAUUACAAGAUCAUAUCAUUCCCAUGAUUCCACAACUUCUUAUGGGUUUCAAAGCAAAACUCUUACUUGUUAGCAAGAACCCCAGCAAGCCUCAUUUCAACCACUAUCUUUUUGAAUGCCUCUGUGUGGCCAUUCGAGCAUCUUGUAAGAAGCAUCCAGAAGCUGUGACUGUAUUUGAGGAAGCUUUAUUUUUGCCAUUCACAGACAUUCUUCAGCAGGAUGUUCAAGAAUUCAUCCCAUACGUGUUUCAAAUCUUGUCCUUGCUGAUUGAGCAACAUCCUGGCAAGAUACCAGAAACCUACAUGGCGCUGUUCCCUCAUCUCCUUGCACCUGUGCUUUGGGAACGUCCUGGUAACAUCCCUCCCUUGGUGCGCCUCCUUCAGGCAUAUAUCCAUAAAGGUGCAGAUCAGAUAGAAGCUGAUAAAUUGAAUGGUCUUCUUGGAGUUUUCCAGAAGUUGAUUGCAUCUAAAACCCAUGACCAUGAAGGUUUCUAUUUGCUCAACUACAUUAUUGAGUUCAUGCCCAAAGAGAUAGUAACACCUUACUUAAAACAAGUCUUUAUGUUACUGUUCCAAAGGCUGAGUAACUCUAAGACUACAAAAUAUAUUAAAAGUCUCCUGGUGUUUUUCUGUCUUUACACUAUCAAAUACAGUGCAACAUCACUGAUUGAACUUAUCGAUGGAUUACAAGCAAAAAUGUUCGCCAUGGUGAUAGAAAGAUUAUUUCUCCAAGACUUGCAGAAGAUAUCGGGCAACACGUCCAAAAAAAUUUGUGCAGUGGGUGUAACAAAUAUUCUUACAGAGGCAGACUCCAUGCUUACAGGAGAUUAUGCAUCCCUAUGGCCAAAAUUACUUCAAGCUUUAAUUGGUUUAUUUGAACUGCCAGAAGACUCUUCAGUGCCUGACGAUGAACAUUUUAUUGAAAUUGAGGAUACACCAGGUUACCAGACAGCCUAUUCCCAGUUGGCAUUUGCUGGCAAACAUGAUCAUGACCCAUUGGCAGGUUUUGUUGAUGAUCCCAAAGUUAAUUUGGCCAAACAUUUAGAAAAAAUGUCUGUGCGGCGUCCAGGCAUGAUUCAACCUAUGAUCAAUUCUGGGAUGGAGGCUGGAGCCAAGAACUUUCUUCAUCAGUACUGUCAAACGGCUAAUAUCAAUUUGGUAUGACCUAUACACUCAUUGAUUUCAAAUUGGGAUGAAGUGUACAAUUUAUUUGCAGUCAAACAUUCAGUCUUAUUGUUUUGAAUUUUUAAGAGAAAAAAAACAUCUUAAGGUGUAAUGAAUUUCAAGUAGAAUCUCACAGAAUGUGAAUAUUCAUUACAAUCAGGUUUCUGCUUAAGAAAUGGUGUUUUGAAAACAGCAUGCAUUUAAGUGAUGUUCAUAUUUUUAUACUUGACAGUAUCACUAAAGUCAUUUCUCACAAUGAAUUGUUGUUUCCAUUUGUUGUGUAUUGUAUUUUGUUUUUUUUUUGUAAAUAAAAAUUUCAACACAUUG